UAUUACGGUGACGUCGCACGGCGGCUUCCGGCGCGGUUUGUGUUCCUUAAACCAUUCAUUUGUCCAAAAUAAAGUUGUAUAUCCUCGUUUAUUCGACCCGAAACCUACAUUAAAAAAGCUGCAAUGGUUUCUCUGAAGCGAGAAAGAGAAGAUGAGUUGGACGACGACGACGACGAGGAUGACGGAGUGCCAGUCAAAAUAGGACGAGGACGUGUAGUAGAGGAUCGAAGAAGCCGACACUGUCCAUAUCUUGACACCAUAAACAGGAGUGUGUUGGACUUUGACUUUGAGAAGCUGUGCUCCAUCUCUCUUUCCCACAUCAACGUGUAUGCCUGUCUUAUAUGUGGGAAGUACUUCCAGGGUCGAGGUCUGAAAUCCCACGCAUACACCCACAGUGUCCAAUUCACUCACCACGUGUUCCUCAAUCUGCACACACUCAAGUUUUACUGUCUGCCGGACAACUAUGAGAUCAUUGACUCGUCAUUAGAGGACAUCACGUAUGUGCUGAAGCCAACGUUCACCAAGCAGCACAUUUCAGGUCUGGACAAGCAGGGCAAACUUUACCGAGCGUACGAUGGAACAACCUACCUGCCAGGGAUUGUUGGCCUCAACAACAUCAAAGCCAAUGACUAUGCCAACGUGGUCUUGCAGGCCUUUUCCAACGUUCCACCUCUGCGGAACUACUUUCUGGAGGAAGAAAAUUACAGAGGGAUCCGCAGACCACCGGGGGACAUCAUGUUUCUCUUGGUGCAGCGCUUUGGUGAGCUGAUGCGCAAACUUUGGAAUCCCAGGAACUUCAAGGCCCACGUGUCUCCCCAUGAGAUGCUCCAGGCUGUUGUGCUCUGCAGCAAGAAGAACUUCCAAAUCACCAAGCAAGGCGACGCUGUGGACUUUAUGACUUGGUUUUUAAAUGCUCUCCACGGUGCUCUUGGAGGCACAAAGAAAAAGCCAACGAUCAUUACAAAAGCAUUUCAAGGCUCCAUGCGGAUUUUCUCCAAGAAACUACCACACCCAGAUUUGACGCCAGAGGAAAAGGAUGCGCUGCUCCUGACCGAGGAGUACCAGGAGCAGAUGUCUGAGUCUACGUUCUUAUUCUUAACGCUUGACCUUCCGACUGCCCCCUUGUACAAGGAUGAGAAGGAGCAGCUUAUUAUCCCUCAAGUGCCUCUCUUCAACAUCCUAUCGAAGUUCAACGGCGGGACAGAGAAGGAGUACAAAACAUACAAGGAAAACUUCCUGAAAAGGUUCCAGCUGACCAAACUUCCACCGUACCUCAUUUUUUGCAUCAAAAGGUUCACAAAGAAUAACUUUUUUGUUGAAAAGAACCCCACCAUCGUCAACUUCCCCAUCACGAAUGUAGACCUUCGUGAGUACUUGACAGAAGAAGCCCAAGUCACAGAGAAGAACACAACUUAUGACCUUGUUGCUAACGUUGUGCAUGAUGGGAAACCAACUGAAGGAGCCUACAGAAUACAUGUCCUGCAUCAUGGAACUGGGAAGUGGUACGAGAUGCAAGACCUGCAAGUGAUUGACAUUCUACCCCAGAUGAUUACACUAUCAGAGGCCUACAUCCAGAUUUGGAAGCGACAGGGGAGUGAUAAGGACACAAACAACCACACAGGCGCGUAGUGGUCAAAAGAAGCAUCACGAGGCAAACAGGACAUUUUUUAGUUGCAUACACAAAAAAAUCUCAAUCAUCUACUUUUUUUUUUCUCCAGUUUGUAUUUUUAUUGUGUAAAAGUUUUUAAAUAAACAUGC